AUGACAUUCUCCAUAACUUUCUCUCUCCUACCUUACAAAUUUCUUUCUCUCUUUUUACUACCUUCCAUAUUUCUUUCUUUUUAUAACAUUCUGAAUAAUUUUCUUUCUUUCUUUCUACUAUCUUCCAAAUUUGUUUCUUUUUCUUUCUUUCUUAGCCUCUCAUUUCUGCUUUCUCGCAAUAUUCACUUUCAUUCUUUGUUUUUCUUAUUUGACUUCAUCAUAUCUCUUUCUUUUUUUCAUCCUUGUCUCAACCUUUUAUUUCUUCCUUUUAACCCAGUCCGUCCUGCAGUACCUCAUGGUGUCUCCUUCAUGCAAGAAUUCACUAAUGGCUUACAACUCUGGAUAUUUCGUGACUCACCUUCAUUGCACAUAUUGUUUCCUCUUUGUUUUCUUCUUUUUCAUUCUUACGUUUUCCUCUAUCUUUCUUUACUGUCACGUUUUGCCUUUUUCAACUUUUUCUUUUCUCUUUCUUUCUAUUCUGUCUUCUUGAAUCUUUCAUUUUUUCGUUCAUAUUUACUUCCUUUCUUUUUUACUUUUUUCUUUCUCUUUUUCUUAUUUGUCAUAUUUUGUUUCUCUUUCUACUUUUUGUUUUUCUAUAUUUACUUCUUUUCAUUCUUUUUCUUCCCCAGUCCGUUGAUACCCAAAUCUGUUUUAAGCCUGUCAGAUAAGAUCAAUAGCAGCAGGUUUCUCUCCUUUCGCCAGCUGUCUGUAUAUGCAUCAAAAUAA